AUGACUUGGAAACGACCGGAAAACGUACCAUAUCCAUCCGUCUGGCAUACAUUCCAAGCCAAGGAUACGGACAGUGAGCGGCUGGUUACUUAUCGAGUGCAGGACCUGCCGGAAGAACGAUUCGAAGAAGCAAUCGCGCACAUGAUGGAACAUUUUGUCUACGACGAACCAACGUGCCGUGCAAAAAAUAUCGUAGGCGAAAAGCAGAGUGUUGAGGAGAUUGCCGAUCUGUGGCGCGAAUUCGUCAAACUUCGCCUGGUGCUCGUGUGCUUCAAGGAGGGUAGCGACGAAAUAGCGGGCAUGAACAUGCUGUACAUUUCACAGCAAAGCGAUAAGGAAGAGUAUCAGUGCAAAGGUAAAAUAUGGAAAUGCAUUUAUGACUUGGUCGAUUACACGAUAAAGAAGGCUAACGUGUACGAGCGAUACGGUGUUGAUACAUAUCUCGGAGCAAUGGGGCUGUCGGUAGCGCCAAAGUACCGAGGACGAGGUAUUGCUACCGAAAUUCUACGUGCACGAAUUCCCCUUUGCAAGGCUGUUGGCGUGCCAUUAACAUCCACGUGCUUCACAGCGAUCGGAUCCCAAGUGGCUGCAGCGAAGGCCGGUUACGAGGAAACGUACGUGGUUUCGUAUGAUGAUAUGACUAAAAUUGACGAUCGUUUCGUUUUCCCGAACAUUACCACAAAGUACGUUAAAUGUAUGUCCAAACGAGCAGAAUAA